GUAUGUCUGGAGCCGCUAAGAGGGUAGCGACGUCUUCCGUGAACUGGUCGAAGCUCGCCGAGCGUUUGGUCCCGGAACACGCCGCAGAACUCACCCGCGUGAAGGGAGUCAGUGGAACUUUCCAAUCCGCUGUCAGCCAGCUCCCGGCCGAUCUUCCCAAGAUCGACUUUGCUGCUUUGAAGAAGGCCCUCCCGGCUCAUUCGGCAGUUCUCGAUUCUCUUCAAAAGCAGUAUGAAUCUGUAAAGAUCCCAUACGGAGAGGUUCCAGCCGAGUAUUUGAAGGAAGUAGACCAAUGGGUUGAUUACAACAACGCCCGUAUUAAGCUUCAUGAGGUCAAGGUCGCUGAUGGACUUCAGGAGGCCAAGAAGGUGGAGGAAAAGUGGGCCAAGGCUCCACCAGUUGAACAUUUCGAUCGUCAGCAUUUCGUCGAGUAUUUCCCAGCUCAUUUCUAUGAUCUUCGCUACCAGAACAGAAUUCCUGAUCCAUGCAACAUCGGACUCAACGAGACUCCAGAAAUUGAGAACAGAUUCAAGGACUACAAGGUUCUUCGACGUGCCGACAAGGUUGACGACCAUUAAACGAUUUAUCAUGAUGUACCGUUCAGUAGACAACUCUCGUUCUUCCUUAUCGCUCUCCUACCAUUUUUAAGACCAUUUUGAUUUGUUUUGUAGCCGUUUGUUUUAUAAUUUCGUCGAAUUUUUUUAUGUGCCUGGGAGCUUAUGCAGUCGAUACCCCCUUCUUCAGAUUAUGUAUUUCAUAAGAGUGAUGGCAAGAUAAAGAACUUUCGCAUG